UUCUUUUAUCGACUCGAUAAAAAGUAAUGGAGUUAAGAUGACUUCGAAACGUCGUAUUUUCCUUCCGUUUCUUUAUUAAUCAACCUUUUAGUAGUUCACAGCAGAAUACUGAGCUAACAGUAGUGUUUAUUCGUGACUUUGUACCCAGUUCGCCGUUCACUAUUUGACCAAAUAUGGAAAACGUGGCAAUUACCAAUAAUAGUAAGGUUACCUGACAACUGGGUCAGUAGCCUUCCCGAAACCACAGGUGAACGGCGACCGAACACUGCGGAUCCGUGAUCUACAAAGCAAAGCUGUCAUUUCAGGGCGUGCAAUGAUUACUAAGGGAUUUCUCGUGACUCUAUUUGUUGUACUGUUCACAAAGGCAGAAACGUCUUAUCAGGAGACCAACAAAUGGUACAAAGAUGGCGAUAAACUGUUAAAGAACAACUUAAAGCUAGAACCAAACAAAAUGACUGCCAAGAACGCCGUACUUUUCAUGGGAGAUGGCAUGAGUGUUACAACCAUCACUGCGGCGCGUAUCUUGGAAGGACAGAUGAAAAACCAAGUGGGAGAAGAAAAUGUCCUGAGCUGGGAGAAUUUUCCCUGGUCUGCGCAGGCCAAGACAUACAAUGUGAACUCGCAGGGAGCAGAUUCUGGGGCGUGUGCUACGGCUUACUUGUGUGGUGUGAAAACUAAUCAAGAGCUCAUUGGCUUGACUGAGGCGGCAAAAUGGGAUUACUGUGGCACACUAACAGAGGAGACAAAACUUGUUUCCAUUCUUACAUUAGCAGAGAAGGCUGGAAUGUCAACAGGAUUCGUGACAACCGCGCGCGCAACACACGCGUCUCCCUCGCCACUUUAUGCUCACUCUGUGAGUGGGGACUGGGAGAGUGAUAAGGACAAGCAAGAGCAGGCAAAAGAUGAUCAUUCAAAAUGCCCGGAUAUUGCUCGCCAGCUUGUUGAUUAUCCCCACGGCAAUGGUCUCGAAGUUAUAUUUGGAGGUGGUCGUGAGAAGUUUAUGUCCAAAAAUGACACUGAUCCAGAGUAUCCAAAUGAGACUGGAGAGAGACUGGACGGUAGAAACUUGAUAAAGGAAUGGAUCGAGAAAUACCCCAAUUCACAGUACGUUUGGAACAAAACAGGAUUUGACCAGAUUGUCCCAGAAAAGGUUGAUCACGUGAUGGGACUCUUUGAGCCCAGUCACAUGCAGUACGAGGUGGAUCGCGGAAACGACACCGCGGGCGAACCAUCCAUUGCAGAAAUGACUGAAAAGGCCAUCGAAAUACUGAGAAAAAACCCCAAGGGAUAUUUUUUAUUCGUUGAGGGAGCUCGGAUAGAUCAUGGACAUCACGCGGGACAGGCCGUCCGUGCAGUAACUGACGCGGUUGCCAUGGCAAAAGCAGUCAGUCGAGCUGUUGAGAUGGUGGAUAAAGAAGACACACUCGUAAUCGUAACCGCUGACCACUCACACGUGUUUACCGUUGGUGGGUACCCAAAACGAAACAAUCCGAUCUUUGGCUUAGUGAUGAACAUCUAUGAAAACAAAGCGAAUCUGGGAGACGAUGACAAACCGUACACCACUCUUGGAUAUGCCAAUGGACCCGGGGGGAUCAACGGUUCAAGAGAAAACCUGACAGGGGUAGACACUGAAGACAAAAACUUCCGGCAACAAGCAACGGUGCAGAGAUAUAAGGAAACUCAUGGCGUGGAAGAUGUGGGUAUAUACGCGGACGGUCCUGGGGCGUAUUUAUUUCACGGUGUGGUGGAGCAGCAGUACAUAUUUCACGUGAUGGAUCACGCCAUGUGUUUGAGUGAAAGCAAGCAGGGAUCAUGUGACAAGCACGUGGCAAGAGGAGGAAAGAGAACUACAAGUUCCAAAUCGUUGCUCAGUUUAGAAAAGCAGCUUCUUGCUGUUAGCAUUGCUUUGCUGUUUUUGUUUAUCUAAGAACAUUGAACCUUAAGUUUGGAAACUAGUUCAUAUGCUCCUCUCGUAAAGAACGUUUUUUUUAGCGUUAAGUAGCUCAAAGUCAAUAUUGAGUUUAAAGAAGGCCUUCAAGCGAUAAGAUCCAAACUUUCAGUGGUUGCUCAUUAAUUUCUCGGAGACGUUUUGUUCUGGAGCUAGCAGUCUUUUAUUCCAUGUUUCUUGAUGUUGCACCGGUAACCUUGUGUUUACAACAGAAUUUAUCCAAGUUUGAAA